UUUCUCAUCACGGCUCUACCAUCCCAAAGCCACAUCAACCCUGAUCUUCAGCUAGCUAAAAACCUUGCCCGAACAGGUGCACAAGUCACUUUUGCAACCACAGAAUAUGGCUUCAGCCGCAUUAAAAACCUUCCAGCCACUCAAGGCCUCUCCUUUGCCUCCUUCUAUGAUGGUCACGAUGAGGAAUCCAGAAAAAAAGGCGAUUUUUUGGGCUUUUUAUCUGAUCUAAAGCUUUUCGGUCCUUGAGACCUCACCAAUUUGAUCCAAACUUCAUCCAACGAGGGUCGACCAGUUACCUUCUUGAUCUACACAGUUAUGUUGCCUUGGGUAGCAGAAGUGGCGCAUGAGAUGCAUAUUCCUUCGGCUUUCUUAGCUAUCCAGUGUGCCACCUCAUUUGCCAUCUAUCACAGCUACUUCAAUUGCCAAGAUGGUCCUUUUUUCCAUGAACAUAUAAAGAUCUUAGAGCAAGACUGUAAACCUUGUGUACUAGUCAAUACUUUUAACGAGUUAGAAGAAGCAUCAAUCAAAGUUGUUGACAGUACGAAUGUGAUCCCAAUUGGACCUUUGAUUCCUUCUGCCUUUUCUGAUGGCAAUGAUCCCACUGAUAAAUCUUUUGGUGGGAACUUUUUUGCCAUCCCGGAAAAGGACUGUAUCCAAUGGUUGGACUCAAAGCCAGAAAAGUCUGUGGUUUAUGUAUCAAUUGGAAGCUUUGUGGCGUUAAAGAAAGAGGAAAGAUAGAAAUUUUGCA